AUGGAGCGCGUGCUAUCAUUUAUGGCUAUAGAGGCGUUUGGUUUGAUGGAUUUUCUGCCAAUAUUGGGGUUUGCAAUUAGUUCAAGCAGCAGAGUUCUGUGGAGAUCUCUUGGGUCUUCAACUAGCAUGAGAGAAAGGGCACGGGAUGAACUAAGACACCAAACGGGCUCGUAUAAUGUACUUGUCUCUAACAUAGUUGUUCGAAAACAACGCCAACUGGGCCAACGAAGUCCAAACUUCCUAAUACCCGCCAAUUUUAAAGUUUAA